CGACGAACGGUCUCACUAAAACAGCUGAUUUUCGCAAUUUGAAAAUUUGUUUAUGAUUUUGCAAUUUGAGUUUCAUGAAUUAAUUGAAAGUUAUAAUUGUUGGUUCAGUGUGCCCUGACUGGUUGUUCAAAACAGUAAACUAAAGCCAUGGAACACGAAAGCUGUAGAAGGAAUAUCAGACGAGAAGAAAUGAGCUGGGAGGAUGAUGGAAACUCGGUCUCGGUUCUCUACGAUUUCGUCUCGAAGAACGUGUCCAUGCCCUCUGAUCUGGGUGAACUGGUCGCAUACGUGUUGCUACUUAUCAUUACAUGGUACGCACUCGUCUUCGCCUUUCGGUUCGUGCUCUCGCUGGUGAAACCCGUUCUAAUAGUGUUGGUUGCACUAUUCCUCUUCCGAUUCCUAAGAUCUUUUGAGAUUGAUGACGUCGUAAAUCUCGUCCUUGGCAUUUUGUCCCUGGUCUUCAAUCUGGUCAGUUCUAUCGUGGCCAAGUUCAUGGAAUUCAUUUUAAGGAUUUUAAGUUAAAAACGGACGCAUAUUCUACAUUCCAUUUAUGUGUUCAAUGUAAAUAACAUUGCAAAUUUGUUUGAUAAAAAUUAAAAUUUUGUUGUUGAAUACAAUAGUUUAUAAGAACUUUGGUAAUGUUACAGUUCUGAAAUGUUUAUAUUACAAUUAUCAACAUAAACGUAUCGCAAAUAUACUCCCAUCAUUCAAAAUUGCUACUAACAA